AUGAAUUUAAAUUCUCAUCGGUCAAUUAUUGACGUCCAUGGCACCAGUGUGCCAAUACGAAUCUAUCAUAAUGGCGACUUUCCCUACGAACACGUUCAUUCUGUACUUGGCCCACUCUUCGAAAACUAUUAUGGUGAUCAAGGGCUUCGAAAUAUGUUUGCAAGUGUUGACCAUAUCUGGUGUGCCUACGAUAUUUUUACAGAUCAUUGUGUCGGUUGUGUACUUGUUCAAAGUGAACCUGACCGUGCAACACUUUACAUCAAAUUACUCGGUGUGCGCCGCAUGAGCCAGGGCCAAGGUGUUGGAGCUCGUUUAUUGGAUGCUGUUCUGUCUUGGGCUAAAAGCAGAAGCUAUAUAGCCGUUCUACUUCCUACUCAAGCCGAUANAUUUAUUGCAUCAAUAGUGCAUUAUAGUGAGAAAUUGGGUUUCCGCAAACAGGCAUAUUUGCCCGACUUUUUUCAUUCGCAAGCACCUUUACGGUCACUUCUAUCGGGUGAGCCGAAUGCAUAUAUGAUGGUUGCGAAUUUAGAUGAGACAAGUACACUGUAA